GAAGUUUAGGGUGGGAGCUAGCUGUUAGCACUGAGAGCUAACCAGCCGGAGUGUGUAAUGGCGGCAUCAGUGUUGCUGGGCUCGAUGGACAACGUCGGAGUCAACUUCGCGGUUGGAGGCGGCAGCAGCAGGAGUAUUUUAGUCGGGAUUGAUCAUAACGGGACGGUGGGUCCGGUGCCCUGGAACCGGGCCCUGGACCGAGCUCUGGACGAAGCCUCGGCCACCGGGAGCCUGAACCUCAGCAGCCGGAAGCUGAAGGAGUUUCCCCGCAUCGCCGUCCACCACGACCUGACGGACACCACCAGGGCCGACUUGUCUCGUAACCGCCUCUCGGAGCUUCCUCUGGACGUUUGUCUCUUUGUGUCUCUGGAGAGUCUGAAUCUUUACCAGAACUGUGUGAGGUCUCUACCGGACAGUCUGCUCAACCUGCAGGCCCUCACCUACCUGAACCUCAGUCGGAACCAGCUGUCUGUCCUCCCUGUGGUUGUCUGCAGUCUUCCUCUGAAGGUUUUGAUUGCCUGCAACAACAAGCUGGUUUCUCUUCCAGAAGAAGUGGGCCAGCUGAGACAGCUGACAGAGCUGGACGUGAGCUGUAACGAGAUCCGGACUCUACCAUGUCAGGUGGGUCAGCUGGAGGCUCUGCGAGACCUGAACAUCAGGAGGAACCACCUGGUCCGGCUGCCUCCAGAGCUGGCAGACCUCCCUCUAGUUCGUCUGGACUUCUCCUGUAACAAAGUGACCACCAUCCCUGUCUGUUACCGACAGCUAACGCAGCUACAGACCAUCGUCCUCGACAACAACCCUCUGCAGACCCCACCUGCACAGAUUUGUAUUAAAGGAAAGGUCCACAUAUUUAAGUAUCUGAACCUGGAGGCCAGUAAGACGACCCCCGACCUUCCAGACUUCGACAGACGCCCUUUGACCUUCAGUUCCUGUGCUGAUGAGCUUUACCCCGGCCGAUCAUACGGAGCUCUGGACUCUGGCUUCAACAGUGUUGACAGCGGAGACAAGAGGUGGUCAGGGAACGAGCCCACAGAGGAGCUUUCAGAGCUGCCACUCAGAGUGGCUGAGAUCAGCAGAGACCAGAGACACAGAGGAGGAGGAGGAGGAGGAGGACCUCCUGUGCUGGCUAACGGCAAACAUGUGGAGUCGGAGCAGAUAGACUUCAUAGACAGCUGUGUGGGGGAGGAAGAGGAGGAGGAGGAGGGGAGGAGUCGAGGAGUAAGCAGCAGAGACAGCGUCAGCCUGAGCUCUCAGUUCAUGGCCUACAUCGAGAGACGCAUCACCAGAGAGGGUUCUCCUGUGAAAACCAACUCGAGGACCGAAGACGGGAGGAGACACAACAGGGGUGUGGUUGACGGUGUCACAGCGCCUCCCCCUAGUGCCCAGAGCCAGAGAGGAGGGGGUGCUGCUCCAGUGGGGGUGGAGAGGAUGAGGAGGGAGGCUCAGCACGCUGCUCUGAGGUACGACGAGGAGAGACACAAGAGCAGAUCUCAGCAAAGAGACUCUGAGCAUAAAGCAGCUCAAAGUCCAGACUGUGAGAAUGUCUACCCCUCCAGACGCUCCACCCACACAGAUGACUCCGCCCUCUUUGUGGGGGAGGACAGAGCUGCUCUGUCUCCUACAGCCAAUCCGUCGCCUUCGUACCCCAGCUUAGGCAGCGUGGCCUCCUGUCGGACAGCUGGUCUAAGACCAGAGAGCUUCCUGUUUCGGCUCGGACAGAAACAGGAGAAGAGGAAAGGUGAUGCUGCUCAGAUGCAGGAAGAGGCUUCUGCUGCUCCUCUGGUUGGAGAAGAUGCUGAGCUGGUGGAGCAGCUGAGGAAGAAUAUCGAGGCUCGUCUAAAGGUGUCGUUGCCUAGCGACCUGGGAGCCGCUCUGACAGACGGGGUGGUGCUCUGUCACCUGGCCAAUCACGUGAGACCCCGGUCCGUCCCCAGCAUCCACGUCCCCUCUCCCGCUGUACCCAAACUCACAAUGGCCAAAUGUCGACGAAAUGUAGAGAACUUCCUGGAGGCGUGUCGUAGAAUCGGUGUUCCUCAGACUCAGCUGUGUCUACCUCUUCACAUUCUGGAGGGGGGGGGGCUCCCGCAGGUGGCUGGGACCGUGGGCGCCUUGCUGGACCUGGCCCCUCGCCGACACCCGAUCUCCACGACAACGACACCCGCCGCCGUGUAGACGCCUGCCGCACACGCUCAAUCUGCCUCCUGUGUUUUUAAAGGAUCUGACGGAGAAACGGGUUCAACUUUAACUAAAUGAGGACACGUUCUGUUCCUUACUCGCCGUGUUCUUUUGUCAGGACCACGACAUCAUCAGGACCGUUACAACCACAAACACGACAUCAUCAGGACGUUACAACCACAAACACGACAUCAUCAGGACCGUUACAACCACAAACACGACAUCAUCAGGACGUUACAACCACAAACACGACAUCAUCAGGACGUUACAAACACAAACACGACAUCAUCAGGACGUUACAAACACAAACACGACAUCAUCAGGACGUUACAAACACAAACACGACAUCAUCAGGACGUUACAACCACAAACACGACAUCAUCAGGACGUUACAAACACAAACACGACAUCAUCAGGACGUUACAACCACAAACACGACAUCAUCAGGACGUUACAACCACAAACACGACAUCAUCAGGACGUUACGACCACAAACACGACAUCAUCAGGACGUUACGACCACAAACACGACAUCAUCAGGACGUUACGACCACAAACACGACAUCAUCAGGACGUUACGACCACAAACACGACAUCAUCAGGACGUUACGACCACAAACACGACAUCAUCAGGACGUUACAAACACAAACACGACAUCAUCAGGACGUUACAAACACAAACACGACAUCAUCAGGACGUUACAACCACAAACACGACAUCAUCAGGACGUUACGACCACAAACACGACAUCAUCAGGACGUUACGACCACAAACACGACAUCAUCAGGACGUUACGACCACAAACACGACAUCAUCAGGACGUUACGACCACAGACCAAAAACCUUGUAUGGAGAAAAGAGAAAUGUAUGAACAACUAUAAUCCUAAAAAUAGUUUACUGUGAUCAUAAAAUGUAAUGACCCAACAUUUCAUAGCCAAUGACGCAGCUAACGUUGGCUAACUUCAUGGUUCUCCUGGUUUUGAAUGUUAAUCUCCUUAAUGUGGAGGUUCAGCUUACAUUUUAUUUAUUGAUCCUCUAAACUUGCCAAACAAUAUCAAAGAUAUUUAGACACUAAACAAAUAAAUAAAACUUAAAAACCUCACUUUAACUUUAUAGGAAAAAAAGCUAAUGUAGCUAAAUGCUCAUGUUACUUUUCAUGAAAACCUUUCAGCAUGAAAAUGCACGUUUACAUGUGGUGCUACUAAUUUCUGAUAUGUAUCAUUUCUUGAAAUAACACUAAUUCAGAGAUUUAAGAUUGAAGCCAAGCCAAACAUGGUCUAAAGUUUAAUGGCAGCGAACGUGGAUUAUCACCGGUAACAUUAGCAACAUUCAUUCGGUCAGCUAACAAUUAGCUAAAAGUCAUUUUAAUUAUUAAUUUAACCUGAAAUAGCUGUAACGCUAGACAUUGAACCUGAAUAUUAAUGUACUCGGUUUGCAUAUAAAGGUGAUGUAGCUUCAUGCUAAUGUGGUUACUUUAGGUUUUAGUUGGUAACAAGUGUACCCAGGUUUACACUACUUGCCGAUGGAGCGUUUCGGGACAGACGAUGUCGUAUGUGUACAGACUGUAAAGUCCUCUGAGGCAAAUUUGUAGUUUGCGAUUUUGGGCUCUACAAAAUAAAAGGAAUUGAAUUGAAUUUCGCGCUAUGCUAAUGUUAACUAGCAUGCGUAGCUGGUUCCCAUGUAGCCAGCAGUAGACAGGAGCUAAAGCCAACCUAGCUCAGCGCUAAUGUUACCAAAUAUCCGACAGUGCCAGCUUUGGCUAACUAUGGAGCUAAAGAUAAAGUAGUUAAGUUCCAACAUUAGACUUGAGUUAACGUUUCUCUCAUCUGUGGAGUCUGCAGCUGUUUUCUCCAUCAGAUCCAAACUUUCUCAUUCAAAGCUUUGAGUUGUUAUUGGACGUCAGCGAUCAGACCCUAAGAAAAACAACUUUCUGCCCCUGAAGUCCGACUCGGGGGAUGUUUGUUGGCAUUGGAUGGCGGAGGUCUCUUAGUUCUCACCAUUGUUUUUAACUCUCAUUGUUUACGCUACACCUCUAUAAAAUCAUUAAACAGGACAUUUAUUAAACAAGAGACCGAAUAUACACACAUACAAGUCAUGCGUGGAGGCAGCUCAAAGGUCUUCAUCUUCGCAGCGGGAACAUUAGUCGGAAGCUGGUAGUGGACCUCGGCUGUAGACGGUCAUCUUAAAAACAUCUUGGUUAUCAAAUGACCCAGAACACAAUGGACCUUAGACCUGUCGUCUAAGUAAUGCUGAAACAUUAUGACAGUGUUUUCCAAGAGUUUCACAGUUGUUUGAGGCUCCUUCACCACCUGGUUGACCCAACAUCAAUAAAUGAUGUCAUCAGUUUUAGAGUUAAGUAUUUAGUUUCCAAAACUACAUUUACAGAUUAAAUUGUUUAAAAUUUGAUAUCUUCCAAAGAACAAAUUUUCUGUAAUUUAUUUAAUUAUUUAUUAAGAACAUUUCUUACAUGCAAUUUUGAGAGAAAAGAUUUAGUUCUAUCGACAUUUAAAAUAAUGGCGAUCAGAUGGAGACUGAAGGAGCAACCAGGUGAUGACGAGCUUCUGUCCGUCCUUCUGUUGCAUUCAGGAACAUUUUUAUUGUUCUGCAGCCACACUACUACAAAAUUUGUUGAAUAUUUGUGUACACAUAUACUCCUAAGUCAGUCAGUCAUCUAUACUGCUUAUCCUCAAGGGGUUGCAGGAGGUGUGUGUUGCAGUGUGUAUCUGUAUGUGUGUGUGUAUGUAUGUAUGUAUAUAUAAUAUAUACAUAUAUAUAUAAUUAAUAUAUAUGUAUAUAUAAUAUAUAUAUAUAUGUGUGUGUGUAUAUAUAUAUAUGUAUGUAUAUGUAUAUAUGUGUAUCUCUAUGUGUAUAUAGAGAAUCUACUUUGUAACUUUUGAAAGUAUAUUUCUACUUAUAUUCAUUAUUAAAGUUCAGAUCAGUU